CAUGACUCAUGUGGUACAAGUAUGUGCCAAGACCGUGAUGUGCUGGUAAAAAGAGAGCAGCCAAUAAGAACUGGCCAUUUGAGUCCCUGACUUUCUUAACAGAAGGUGUCAGGCUUCUGACAGACCUGCAGGUGGAUGUUUUGCUCCAUGCGCACCAGGAGAUUCUGGCUGAACUACUGAAAUGUGAGGGACCUGCCUGACAUCAGCAGACUAAAGUUGUGGUUCAGACUUUGGGGUUCUCAUAUUUACAUUUUUAAGAAGGAAACAGAUGAAUGCAGUGCUGGUUGGUGGGCGAGUGCUGCUUUUAGAGGAGAGGGAGACGUGCCGCUGAUACAUUAGUGAUAAGAAUCGAAUGACUUUUAAACAUCAGCAUCCUUAAAUUAUGUUUACACGACGUGGUGCUGCAUGUCACGUUGUGUCACUUUGUUACUGCUGUGCUGCAAAGAAGUUGAAGUUACAACACGGUUUGGGUGUCGCAGCACUGCUGCCAGUCAUCAGAGCUCUUGGAAACUGAGUUUAGUUCCUGGUCACAAACUGCUAGUUCAGUUCCUGCUGUGUAAAUUCAGUUUCAGAGAACAUCAGGCUGGACGUCACCAUUACUCACAGCCUGCAUCCUUUCACAAGCUACAAAGAGGUCCAACAGCUGCGUUUCCUGCUGCACACAGAUUGUAUCAGCGUCAGUGCAGUUUGAUCAUCAGGCUAAACUGUUGUUUCAUGUUCAUUAUUCAGUUUGCAAUUCUUUGGCUUUCAGCGAGCUCAACACCAGAUCUGUUGAUCCCGUGUCUUACUGAGUCCAGACAGGCUGGGGUUAAGUGCAGAGAGCAUGUGAGCCAGGCUCGGCCCUCUUCUUCUUCUUCUUCUUCUUCUGCUUCUUCUUCUGCUUCUUCUUCUUCUUCUUCUUCAUUGUGUACACACAGAAAGUGGAACAAAGCACACAGUUCAGAUCGCAUCGAGAGCAAAAUGUGAGACACCAAUCACAUCAUUUGGCACAUGCUGCUCACCUGGAAAAACCCCAGCUUUCAAAAGGCCACGCCCUAAUUACCUGCUGCUUUCACUCUGGUCUCACCUGUUCAGAGGAGGAGGAGGAGGAGGACUGUUCAGGGAGGCGUGGCCUGUGGUCACACUGACGACACACAGCGAGCAGACAGGAAAAAACCUUCCAUCCGUCUGCAGCCUCCACAGCACCGAGCACGUGAUCUGUACCAGCUCAGCGGAUCAAACGCACCCCGAAGGCCCGAGGAGAACCUGGACCAGCCGUCGGUCCUCGGGGAUCCAGCACAGAGCUCAUCACAGCAGGAGUCUUCGCUUCCUGUUUCCAACCGGACUGCGAGCCAGACUCAGGAGUCAGAAUUCCUCAAAACCCUCCACAGUAAGCACAACAUCAAAGCGGCGGCUGAAGUUGUAAUGAUGCCUCCUCCCUCCAACUCCAGCUCUGGAGGAGCUGAGGAGGGGGAUCAGUGCGUCGUCAAUGACCAGAUGGGACCUUUCACUGUCCUCUACAUCCUCAUCUUCGUCAUCGGUCUGCCUGGAAACCUGCUGUCUGUGUGGGCCUUCAUCCACAGCUCCAGAACCAAGGUUUCUGUUGUGCAGCAGCAGAGUACCAGCGUCUACCUGGUCAACCUGCUGAUGGCCGACCUCCUACUGCUGCUCGCUCUGCCCUUCAAGAUCCUGAAGGACCUCGGGGCGGCGCCGUGGAGCCUCAUGGUGUUUCACUGCCAGGCCAGCGCCGUCACCAUCUACAUCAGCCUCUACGCAUCCAUCUCCUUCCUCGCCUUCAUCAUUAUAGACCACUACCUGCAGGACCACAGCACUCUGCUGUCACUGCGGCUGCAGGAGGUCAGCUUUGCCCGGCUGCUGUCGCUGGUCGUCUGGCUGCUGCUGCUGCUCAUCAUGGUGCCCAACAUGGCUCUGCCCAUACAGGACGUACAGGAGCAACGCUACCUCAGCUGUUCAUCUCUGAAGAAGGACAUUGGCCUCCACUGGCACGCCAUGACCAUCUUCCUCAACACCGCUCUGUUCCUCAACGCCUCCGUCGCCGUGCUCCUCUGCAGCAGCCUGGCUCUCAAAAGACUCCUGAGAAGUCGCAGCGACUCCAGACUCUGGGCGGACGCCAGGCGGGCGGCGGGGAGCGUGGUGGCCUUGGCGUUGGCCUACAUCCUCAGCUUCGGGCCUUACCACAUCGUGCGGACGCCGUACACGUUGACGCAGACCAAAGUCAUCACCGACUGCCACACCAAGAGGCAGCUGUUUCUGGGGAAGGAGUCGACGCUGCUGCUGAGCUUGCUCCACCUCUGCUUCGACCCCCUGCUCUUCUUCUACCUCUACGCUCCUUUCAGACAGACGGUCCGUGAGAUGUUCCCCUGCGGCAGGAAGCAGGCAGCUUGUGCAGAGGAGCUGGCCACGGAUGAAAUGAUGGAGCCUACAACAUGUGUGGUGCAGGAGGAAGCGGUCUGACCACAGGCGUGCUGCCUGUGACGCAGGGAUUCACACCCGAACCAAAGACCAAAUCCCACGAGAAACAGAAGGUCAGGUAGCCAAGCUUAGCAAGAAGACUGGAAGCAACUGAAACUGCUGAACUACUGAAAACCUCGACAGUCCAGAGGUCAACAAAAGCUGUUUUUAAAAAAUCCCCUCUACCCCCACACAUCAGCGACACAUUUAAAGUUGGCUCAGCCCGAAAAGGUGAAAUGUUCCUUUAUGCCCCAAACCAACGUCUUGGUUCCUGACAAGAAAUUCUUUCUGACAUGACUUAUACUGUCCGUUCAUUACGGCUCAUCCCACACCAGCUGACCUCAGACCUCCAAGUUCACGUCAGGGACUUUUGAAGUUUUGAAGUUUGCAACCAAUAUUGAAUUCUGUGUUGUAUCAAUAAACUUCUAUUUUACA